AUGGCUCCUGUGGCGGCAGUAGCGACAAUGGCUGACGAUCUGGAACCUCAGUCGCUCAAGAAGCUAGUCCUCCGAUCGCUGAAGCGCACUUACGAGUUCUUCGAUUCGCAACAGAAGCUCGAUGGAUUUGUUCGCGACCCAACCAGCCGUGCAAUUCGACAAGCAGUGAAGAUCCGCGACGAGUACCUCGUCGUGCGCGAUCUCCCCCCGCCGCUGCCCGCGGGGCAAGUCAGCAAGGACUCCGCGCAGCCCGCGGGCGCGGGCGCGCCAGCGGCGGGGGGCGCAGGCGCGGGCGGAAGCCUGCCGUCGCUGGCGGCGGUGGUGGAGCAGGCGGCGGCACAGCCGCAAGUGGGGCUCUCAGGGCCUCCCGCGGCCCCCUCCGCGCCUGGUAAGCCGCUGCUCCCCUCCGCGCCUGGGCUCUCCUCUCUCAUGUUCCGCACCACUCCUAUUCUCCUCUCCUUGUCCCUCUCCCCGCGCAUGACAGGGAGUGCAGGCAGCAGUGCCGCAGGUGGCCUUGCACCUGGUGCCUCGAAUGCUCUUGUGCUCGCCUCCAGUUCCACAGGCCAGGGGGCCAUGGUGCCGCUCACGGCGCCUGGCGCUGCUGCUGCGGCUGCUCCCUCCAAUGCCGUCACCGUCGCAGACAGGUACAAGCCCAGUGCAGCCAUCAUUCGUCGUCUGCCCAGCAAGUGGCCCAAGCCCGAGUGGCACCCGCCCUGGAAGAACUAUCGGGUGAUCAGUGGGCACAUGGGGUGGGUGCGCUCGGUGGCCUUUGAGCCGGGCAACGAGUGGUUCUGCACUGGCUCUGCUGAUCGCACCAUCAAGGGCACAUGGGGUGGGUGGGUGCGCUCAGUGACAUUUGAGCUGGGCAACGAGUGGUUCUGCACUGGCUCUGCUGAUCGCACCAUCAUGAUUUGGGAGCUGGCAACAGGCAAGCUGAAGCUGACUCUCACAGGCCACAUUGAGCAGAUCCGAGGCCUGGCAGUGAGUCCCAAGUACCCCUACAUGUUCUCAGCGGGUGAUGACAAACUCGUCAAGUGCUGGGACCUCGAGUACAACAAGGUGAUUCGCUCGUACCACGGGCAUCUGAGUGGAGUAUACUGCCUUGCGCUGCACCCCAUGCUGGACGUGCUUCUCACGGGCGGCAGAGACUCCGUCUGUCGGGUCAGUCAGUGGGGUUGGGAUGCAGUGGGAUGCGUUGCUGUGCGGUUGAAUGUGGUGGAUGUGGUAGUGAUAAGGCUGGGUGGCGUGUACUGCCUUGCGCUGCACCCCAUGCUCGACAUGCUUCUCACCGGUGGCCGGGACUCUGUUUUUUGGAUCAGUCAUUGGGUUGGGAUGUGGUGGAAUGCGGUGAAAUCUGGGGGGGGGCUAUGGGAGGCUGGUAUGGAGUGUAGGUGUGGGACGUGCGCACCAACCAAGGCGCAGAUCUUUGCCGGCCAAUGCCAUGCCGCAUGCAUGCACGCAUUUACCCCUGUGUGGGACGUGCGCACCAAGGCGCAGAUCUUUGCUCUCGCCGGCCACGACAACACCGUCUGCUCCGUCAUCGCGCAGGCCACUGCCACCGUCAGUGCCCUGCCCUGCACUUCCCUGCCCUGCUGUGCUGUGCUGUGCUCUGCUGUUACGUGCCAUCCCAUGCGUGCAAUGCACUGUGGGGACGUGGGCAUGAAUGCACUGAGCACACAUGGGCGCCGGAUCCCCACAACCUUUCCCACCCCCUUUUCCCACCCACCCAACUUCCCCACCGCCCGUCCCCACCUGUCUUCCCCAACCCCCUCCCUCCCCGUGUGUGCCACCUGCACCCAUCAGGACCCGCAAGUGAUAACAGGAUCGCACGACACCACCGUCAAGUUGUGGGACCUUGCAGCGGGCAAGGCCAUGUCAACCCUAACCUAUCACAAGAAGUCUGUCAGAGCCCUCGCCAAGCACCCCUUUGAGUACGCCCUCCUUUCCCGCUUUGGCUUCCCAGUGCUCGUCGUGUCCUGCCCUGCAAUUUGCAAUUUCUCAACACGUGCAAUCCGCAAUGAGUUGAACGGAUGGACUCCUGCUGGGAAGACGUUUGUGUCGGCAUCAGCGGACAACAUAAAGAAGUACAAACUGCCCAAGGGCGAGUUCCUGCACAACAUGCUCUCACAGCAGCGCACCAUCAUCAACACCGCAGAUGUGAACGAGGACAACGUGCUCGCCUCAGGAGGUCCUCCCCUCUGCCCUUCCACCCUUCCGCUUUACUUGUCUCGUGAUAACGGGUCCAUCUGGUUCUGGGACUGGAAGAGUGGACACAACUUUCAGCAGACGCAGACCAUCGUGCAGCCCGGCUCGCUUGACAGCGAGGCGGGCAUCUAUGCGAUGGGCUUUGACGUGACGGGCAAGCGCCUGGUGACAUGUGAGGCGGAUAAAACCAUCAAGAUGUGGAAGGAGGACGAAAAUGCCACUCCAGAGACGCAUCCUAUCAAUUUCCGGCCGCCCAAAGACAUGCGACGCUUUUGA